AUGAAGAGUUUACUACCCUGUGCUUUGAUUACUGGUUGGAUGUUUCGUAUCGCGAAGUCUCAAAACUUGGGUGAGAUGACACGCAUCAGCGAUCCCAACAAUGUGUUUGUCUUGCCUUCCGAAGACGUCAAGCACGAAGCAACUUGGUUGCAGUGGCCUCAUAACUACGGUUGGGAUCCACGACAUAUUCAGCGAUACGAAGAUAUCUGGGUGGAGAUGACACGGGCCCUUCAUACUGGAGAAAAGGUUAGAAUCAUUGUCUACAACUGGAGACAAAAGAGACGAGUCCGCAACGUCUUGGAGAACAAUGGGCUAGACAUGUCUCAGAUCCAGUUCUACACCUACCCCACCGAUGAUGUUUGGAUUCGAGAUAAUGGUCCAAUCUUUGUGCAAGACCAACAAGGGAACAUGAUUGUUGAAAAUUGGAAGUUCAAUGGAUGGGGAGGCAAGGCAGAUUGGUGGUACGAUGAUUACAUCCCUCGAGAUGUCUCAUGGGAACUGUACCUUCCCGUGACCAGCAUUCCCAUGGUCAAUGAAGGAGGUUCCAUUGAAGUGGAUGGCCGUGGCACACUAAUGGCCAAGCGAUCCUCCAUUUUGAACGACAACCGCAAUCCAGGAGCAACUCAAGCAGAGGUGGAGGCGUACUUUCGUCGCUAUCUCGGUGUCACCAACUUUAUCUGGUUGGAUGGUACGGCUGGAUUGGAAAUCACGGACGAUCAUAUUGAUGGAACUGCACGAUUUGCUAAUGGCGACACCAUCGUGACUCUCGAAAAGCAAGAUUUCAUUGUUCCAACCGAGUACGAUAUCUUGACUCGAGCAACCGACGCGGAUGGUAAACCUUACAAGAUUGUCCAUUUGCCGCUAACUGCCAAAGAGAUUCCUAGCAUUGGAGAACAUGGAUUAUACAUAAACUAUUACGCGGGCAACAAUGCCAUUGUCUUUCCAAUCUUUCAAGAUGCCAAUGAUCAAAAGGCGAUUGACAUUAUUCAAGGUUUGUAUCCAGACAAGACAGUUGUUCCCAUUGAUUUCACAGAGUUAUACCUUGAUGGGGGAUUGGCUCAUUGCGUGACAAUGCAGCAACCAACCCUUUGA